AUGAAAGACCUUGGUGACUUGAGAUAUUUCCUUGGGAUAGAGGUAGCCAGGGGGAGUAGCAGCAUCUUCUUGCGUCAACGGAAAUAUGUUUUAGACUUAUUGUCAGAAACGGGCAUGUUAGAUUGCAGGCCUGCUGAUACACUAAUUGAACAGAACCACCGGUUAGCUGAGUACCCUGAUCAAGUCCCAGUGAGUGUGGUGAGUCAGUUCAUGCAAAAUCCAAGUGAAGACCAUAUGGAUGCAGUCGUGCGAAUCCUGCGGUAUCUAAAGAGAGCUCCUGGGAAGGGCCUUAUGUUCUCAAAACAUAAUUGCCUGGAGGUGAGUGGUUAUACUGAUGCUGAUUGGGCUGGUUGUAUUACUGAUAGGAGGUCGACCUCAGGUUACUUUACGUUUGUUGGAGGGAACCUUGUCACUUGGAAGAGUAAAAAGCAAAAAGUGGUGGCGAGGUCGAGUGCAGAGGCCGAGUAUAGAGGUAUGGCCCAUGGACAUGUGGAAGUUGACCGGCACUUUAUCAAGGAGAAGUUGGAUGCAAAUCUGAUUGCCUUCCCAUUCGUACCAACCAAGGAGCAGUUAGCAGAUAUUCUGACUAAGGGUGUAUCAGUCAAGGCAUUUCAUGACUCACUUAACAAGUUGGGUAUUCGAGAUGUGUAUGUUCCAACUUGA